AUGAUCGAAGACCUCAUUGCAGGCGCAAGUCCUGGUCGAGCCAUUCUCUGGCUGCUCGGACUCUUCGUGGCGUUCUGCGUAUUCCGCAGCCUCCAGGCCUCGGCACAGAUCGCUCGUCUGGGCGCCAGAGCCCCAAAGAUCAAACAUCGUCUCCCAUAUGCCCUGGACUUUAUCUACAAAGGCCAAAAGGCCAAUCUCGCACACCAAGACAUUGAGUUUUGGAACACCAAUAUCGCGCAAGCGGGUGGAAGCAGGAAUGUGAAGACGGCUGAGCUGGAUGCCGGCAUUUCCACCCGUGCUAUCAUGACCAAGGACCCAGAGAAUAUCAAGGCCAUCCUGACUGGCCAAUUUGCUGAUUAUGGCAAGGGUGAAACCUUUCAUAAGGGGUGGAAGGAGUUCCUAGGGGACAGUAUCUUCGCAACAGACGGAGAACUCUGGUCUCGUUCACGCCAGCUCAUUCGUCCAAUGUUCGCCCGAGACCGCAUUGUCGAUACCGAAAUCUUCGAAAAGCACGUCCAGAAGCUCAUUCACCUUCUCGGGGGAAGUAGCACUCCGACCAACAGCAAGGUCGUCGAUGUUGGCUCUCUGUUCUACCGAUACACCCUCGACGCAGCAACAGACUACCUUUUGGGACAAGGAACAGAUAGUCUGGAUAAUCCUGAGACCGGCUUUGCCGAAGCCUUCAGAUACGUGCAACAACGACAGGCAGAGCUCUUCCGAUUCGGCGUCUUCGAUUUCGCCAUGUCCAAGGUCGAGUUCCGCAAGAACCUCAAGAAGAUGGACGAGUUCAUCGAGCCCUACAUCCGCACUGUUCUUUCCCUCUCGACCGACGAACUGGACCAGAAGCUCUCGAAGCGAGAAAGCUUCCUGGACGCACUCGCUCGUUUCACCCGCGAUCCCCGCGUUCUGCGCGAUCAACUCGUUGCAGUCCUCCUCGCUGGCCGUGACACAACAGCUGGUACAUUAUCCUUCACCUUAUUCGAACUCUCGCGAAACCCAGCAGUUGUCGCCAAGCUACGAGAGGAGAUCCGCGAACGACUUGGAGUCGGUGAAUCUGCCCAAAAGCCCACUUACACGGAUCUGAAGGAGAUGAAAUAUCUCAACGCAGUCCUUCACGAGACCAUGCGUGUGUAUCCCGUUGUUCCGUUCAAUGUACGCCACUCGUUGCGAGACACGACGCUGCCUCGGGGUGGAGGGCCGGAUGGUCUUGACCCCAUCGGUGUGCGGGCAGAUACACGGAUCAUCUAUUCGACUAUGCUGAUGCAGCUGGAUCCGGACCUUUAUGACGGGCCUGGCUCGGCGAACUACUUUGACCCUGGGAAGUGGAUUCCCGAACGUUGGGCGACGUGGCAGCCAAGGCCGUGGCAUUACAUUCCUUUCAAUGGUGGACCGAGGAUCUGUAUUGGACAGCAGUUUGCGACCAUUGAAAUGGGGUACACCGUCAUUCGAAUCUUACAGGCCUAUGAGAGGAUCAUUGCCUUACCCGUUGAAGGUAAGGACAAGGUUGAGGAUCCAGUGAUGAGGUUUGAGGUGACGCUUAGUCCUGGAUCGGAGUUGAACUGUGUCUUCGUUAAGGAUGGUGAGACUUGA